CUACUCCGCCACUUGCCUGUCCAACAAACAAGACAAAAUAUUAAUUUCCGUCGGACCAGUCUCGUGCAAUUUUCCGAGCAAAGUGCAGAGCAUAACUUUACUGAGUUCCCCGGAAAAUACCUUCUGUAAGAGCUUUAUAUCCUACCCGGUGUCCGCGUUUCUUCUUCAAUCUUUCUCUAUUGCUUCGUUCUCUAAGGGCACGGAAGAGGAAUGAAAUCGGGAAGGUCAACUGAGUUUACUUGUGGAAGCGGGAAUCCAAGGAUCUCAGUAAGUGCUUAACCCGUUUGCUGGAUUUGAUCCUAUCCAUAAACCUUUAGUUCUGUGAUUCACAUAGCCUGGACUGAAAUGGUGAAUCUCUUGAGAGUUCCUUUUCUCCUCUUUUUUGUCCCAUGGUGAAGUCGCCGCCCUAAUUUCUUACUGACUACAUAGCUGCUUGUCUGAAUGGGUUCGCGUUAAGCUUCGAUUUCUUUGAUGUGUUACUGAAUUCCGGCAUUUUGUGAUUAUUUUGGGAUCUGGAUGGGCGAGUAAAGCUAUCCUGGAAACUAAAUUAGUGAGAUUGAAGGAUUCAAGAGUGAGUCUCUUUGAUUGGUGAAGGUGGUCCUCUUAAUUCUUCAUGCCAAAUAUGAUGCUUUCAAAAACUGAGUAUGCAAAUGCUGAAGAGGACGAAAAAAUGCAUAGUGGCCAGUUGUUGCGUGACAUAGAGGCAAUAAGCAGAGCUCUUUACCUGCAGAAACCCCGAUCUGAUGUUCGUUCGAAAUCCGUAGGGAAAACACGUGCUACAUGUUCUAAACCCAGAAUCUCUGAUGAGCAUCACCAUUUUAAUGAAAAGAACUCGGUAUGGAACUGGAAGAAGUCCCUGAAAUCUUUGGCACAUAUUGGUCACAAGAGGUUUGAUGUUUGUUUCUUUCUCCAUGUUCAUUCGAUUGAAGGGCUACCCCUGGGUUUCAAUGACCUUAGUUUGUCGGUGCAUUGCAAGAGGAAAGAUCAUGUUGUGAGCUCCCGGCCUUCAAGGGUUAUGCGUGGAGUUGCUGAAUUCGAUGAGGCUUUGAUGCACAGAUGUUAUGUAUAUGGGAGCAGAACUGGACCUCAGAAUUCUGCAAAAUAUGAUGGAAAGCUUUUCGUGAUCUAUGUUUCUGUAACGGGUACUCUUGAUAUUGACUUUGGAAAGCGGUGGGUGGAUCUUACGAAGCUGCUGCCUUGUACUUUGGAGGAACUGGAGACUGAGAAGAACAGUGGUAAAUGGACUACUAGCUUUGGACUUGCGGGUAAAGCCAAGGGUGCAACCUUGAAUGUUAGUUUUGGUUUUUCUCUGGAGAGAGAUAGAAAUUCUGUAUCACAAGUGAAUCAGAAUUCCUCUGUGCUUGAUCACUUGACUCCCUACUUUCCACGCAACACAGAAGCAAGAAUGAGAUUUGCAGCUUCUAUGAGUGACGAGAUUCAUUGUGUUAGAAGUAUACCUCAUAGUAUGAACCAUGAGAAUCCUCUAUGUUUUCAGUCUGUUGAUGUAAAAAAAUUCGAUGAAGUUCCGCAAAAUGUAGGAUUGGAGCUUUCCAAGUCGAUAAAGUUUCUGUACCAGAAACUUAAUGAGGUUAACUUGCAUAAUUCAGAUGAUCUGGAUGCUUUAGCUGCUCAUCUAUGGCCGGAGAACUCUAACGUGGGUUUGGACCUUGAUAGAAGUUCUAGCAAAGAUGGCUGUGAUGAUGAAUUUGAAUUCACCAUCAUAGAUCAAGGGAUAGAAAUGCCAGAGAAGUUUGAGUCGGAAAUCAUGAGAACUUGUCCUUCUGAUGUUGGACUUGAUGGUUCUGUAAUUGAAACUGUUGAUAUCAAUGAAAUCAUUAUGGAUGAUGACGAAUCCAUUGCUGCACAAAAAAUGUCUCAUGUACAGGAGAUCGUAGAUGAUAUAGGAAGUCUUUUGGUAGCUCCCUCGGAUGACGAAAAGAAAACUAGAUCUGUAUAUGGAUCAUCCUCAGAAGAUCCAGAGGCAGUCUGUUUAGUUCCUGGAGAUUAUGCUGUUGAGUCUCCUUCAUCUUUUAAUUACUUUACCGAGCAUGAAAAUUAUAUGGAGAUGAAGUCAGAUUGUGCUACACACAGUAGUGUUAAGAGAUCACUCAGUUUUGAUGAAGUCACUGAGUCUGUGGCUAAUGAUUUCUUAAAUAUGCUGGGAAGUGAUGGUGGAUCCUUUCGGAUAAAUUCAGAUUGUAUUGCUGAGUCUCCAAGAGAGCGCCUCUUAAGAGAGUUUGAGAAAGACGCUCUUUCAUGUGGCGACUUUAUCAUGGAUUGUAACUUAUCUAGAGAUGAUGGCAGAUCCGCUUAUGUUGGUGAAGCGGGAUCCAGUUAUGGGAGUAUUUGUCAGGAUUUUGAUCAUCCCUUGAGUAUACGGACUUUAAGGAAGGAACAACCCCUGGCUAUUGAGUUGCCAAGUAGGAGGACCACGGUCAGAGUGCUUGAGGACAUGGAGACUGAAGCUUUAAUGAGAGAAUGGGGAUUAAACGAGGAUGCAUUCCAGAGCUCUCCACAUGAUUACUCUGGUGGAUUUGGUAGUCCAAUAGAAGUUGCUUGUGGGAAGGCAUUCGAGCUGCCGCCUCUAGGUGAUGGUUUUGGACCUUUAUUGCGAAUCAGAAACGGUGGUUAUUUGAGGUCUACCAGUUCUAUUUAUGGACAUUCUAAAAAUGUUCGAAAUUUGAACAUACAAAUAUCACCCCAGGUUGUCCUCCCUGCUACAAUGGGUUGUGAUAUAUUGGAGAUAUUACAGCAUUUGGCAUCCGUUGGAACCGAGAAGCUUUCCUCCCAAACAAAGAGACUAAUGCCUUUACAGGAUUUAACAGGGCAGUCACUAGACCAAAUAGUCCUUGCUCCAACACGCAGUGCAGCUUCAACUCAUAGGUUUGAUAGCCCCUCUUUGUACUCAAAUGUUUGUGAUUCUGAGAUGGCAUCAGAGUAUGUAUCACUUGAGGAUCUUGUCCCUCUGGCAUUGGAUAAGAUUGAGGUCCUGUCAAUUCAGGGUUUAAGGAUCCAGUCGGGCAUGUCUGAUGAAAUGUCACCUGAAACCAUAUGUCCCCCCCAGUCUGGUAGAGAAUUACACGUGCUUGAUGACAUAAGGGAAAAUAGUAGCGCUGCUGUUGGAUUGUUGGACCUUUCUCUGACAUUGGAUGAAUGGUUGAGGAUUGAUGCUGGAAUGAGCAAUGAAGGGGAAGUUAGCCAGCAGGCAACAGCAGUUUUGAGAGCUCAUCAGGCUAAGCCCAUUAACAUUGUUAGUGAUAUUUUGGGAGGAGGAUCGCCAGUAAGGUAUGGUGUGUUGGGUAACAACCUUACUGUAGCUUUCAUGAUACAGCUCAGGGAUCCCCUUCGAGAUUGUGAACCUGUGGGUGCAUUGAUGCUUGCUCUAAUACAAGCACAGAGAGAGUUUCUGCAUUUAGAUCUGGCCGAAGAGGGUCCCAUUGGGUUCAAAAUCUGUGAUGUCCAUGUUUCUGGGUUGAACACUGACCCAGGAAGGACGCAGCUCUGGGGUACAAAAGCCCAGCAGCAAUCUGGAGUUCGGUGGCUGCUUGCUAGUGGCUUAUCCAAGUCCCAUAAAUACCCAGUUUCCAACUCUAAGGCAAUUGUCGUAUCACACCCACAACAAAAUUCAAAGGUGGCAACUGGUGACAUCUUGUGGAGCAUAAGCUGUGGUUGGGAAGAAGGGGCAGGGUUUACGAGGAAUCCAGAUGUUGAGAUUCCAGGACAAUGCCAUUAGGCCUGCUAAGACCGUAAUUCGACUGGGCGUUUUCAUUUUUGGCUUGGUAUCUUGUUGGUUGUGAUUGUUCUGUUUUUACUUUUUAGCGUGUUUAUAAACACUGGACUCGGAAGAAGAAACUGUAUAGCCUGAUGCCAUAGCAGGCCCGAGGAAGUAGAAAGCUUUCUCGUAGUGUGGGAUUGGGGCCGUCCUUGGUACGUACAAUACAAUAUUGUAUAUUGGAUUGAAAGUUUGAAUUACAGUGUUAUGUGGAAAAGGGUGUUUGGUGGGCAUGUUGUAGCGUGGUUGUGACUUGUGAGAGCGUAUAAUGAAAAUUUUAGUGGUAG